AUGGAUAAUAAAACAGAACAUGUUAAGAAAGUUGUUAUUAAUGGACAACAUGUGAAUGACUUUAAUUGUGCAAUUUGCCACGAAGUGUUUGAAAACCCUAGAUAUUUACAGUGUAAUCACUCAUUCUGUCUCAAGUGUAUUAUUCGCUAUAUCAGGGAAAAACGGCGUGAAAACUGUUUCGCAACGAAUUUCUACUGUCCAUUAUGUCGACAAAAUAUAUGCAUUUCAUUGAAGCGUCUGAAAAAUGUAAUAUACUUGGACAAAGUUGAAGAGGAUGACGUGAAAAACAUAUUUCCCAAAAACAUAGCACUUGCAAAUGCUACGGAGAAUUUAAACAUUGAACUGGAAUUCUGUACAGAACAUCCGAACAAAGUCUACGAAUACUUCUGUAAGGAUCAUGGAAUUUUAUGCUGCAGUAAGUGUAUUUUUAAAUCACAUCGUAACUGCAAACGUGUCAUUGAUAUAGAUGAGUGUGAUCAGCAAACAUUCGGAACUCUUUUGUAUGACUCGCAGUUUGCAAGUUACAAGAUUGCUUCUCUAGAAAGCACAAGACAGAAGACAUGCAGUUCUUUAGAAAGAUUGAAAUCAGAUGUAAUAGAUGUUAUCACGAAGACCCAAGAUAAGGUGAACGAGAUUGCACAUGACGAAAUUAAAAAAGCUAAACAGCAGUAUGAUCCACCGCCAAAAGCAGUUCCUUACGGAUUCGCGUGCAAUAGGCGAGUUUUUAUUUCAGAAAUACAAAAGACAUCAACAAGAAACACCGAUUUCAACAAAAAUAAUAUAACCAAUAGUUUAGAAGCAAAAUUAGCAAUGCAUGUACAUGAUGUCAGAGCUAGCAUCAAGAGGAAGGUUGAUUCUGCAGGGUUCGAUAGCUGUGCGGCUACGGUAGCAAAGCGUCCGAUGCAAAUUAACGGUAGAGUGUCCAGAUAUACUGAAUUGAAACGAAAAAGCCUUCUACGUAUUUGCGAUUAA